AUGGCCGAAACGAAGCUGCACAUCGACAGUGAAUUAUUGAUAGCUGCCGUAUUUUUAAGGAAGGAGUUGUGGGAGCAACGUUCACGGAAUUUCCGGAACCGAAUACUAGUUGACAGAAGUUGGCAGGAAAUUGCCGAAGAGUUCAAUGCAUGUGAAGACACAGUGGAGGAAAGGUGGAAAGCUUUGCGCGAUUCGUAUGGCAAGGUGCUGAAAAAUCUGCCAGUGUCUAAAUCCGGCGAUGCAGGCGGUGAAAAUUUUGAUACAUCUUGGCCAUACUUCAAAUGCAUGCAUUUCUUGCGGGAGCAAAUGAAGCCGAGAAAAACAACAGGUAAUUUGGCAUCCCCGCAACCGAACGCAGUAGCGAGCGACACGGUAAUUGAUGAAGGUGAUGUGGAUGUCCACUACGAGGACAUCGAAAUACUGGACGAAGAAGCCCCUGGCUGGUUUGAAGUAUCUGAACCGUCAACAUCGUCAAAUUCCAAAGUCAGCGCACCAGCUCCUCACAAAAAGAAGAAACUGACGCGAAGCUCUCAAUCCACACGAUUGCUUGAGAUCGAGCAAAGGAAGUUAGAAUUGCUUGAGAAAAAGGCGUCAGGUGGUAGCAGUCGAGAUGAGGAUGACACUAACAAGAAUGAUUACUUAUUAUAA